AGCGCGCUCUUCUAUGGCAGACAGCAGGAAGAGUUCCUGUAUAUAUUCAGCAGAAGGGUCUUUUUCAUUAUUAGCAAUAAAGUAAACAUGGAAUCAGUGUUUUCACGGUUCGACUCCUAUAACUUCGAGGCUGAUGAGCGCUUUGCGGACGGCCUGAAGACUUUAAACUGCAGAGACCAAACCGAGCUGCUAAAACUGAAGCUCUUCUUCUACAACAGGUUUGUAGAACCGAUAGACCAGCAGAGCUACAAACGGUGGAUCUCUUUGUCACGUAAUCAGCAGCAGGACCAGAGCACUCAGUCACAUCCAGAUUCUAACGGACACCAAAACCAGAUGAUGGAAACCCCCGCAGGCGCAGAAGCGAAUCGGCUUUCCUUUGCGGAGGUGAUGCAGCUGGUUCAGGAAGGUAAAGAAGUGCCCGGAGUCACAAAACCGGACGUCCAACCGAGCAACCAGAGUCCCACUCCCUCUCGGAUGCAAAGGGUGCAGAAACCCUGGGAAACCGCCUCGUCGUAGCUGGACUUUCAGUUGCAGAGCAAUAAGAUUUUAAUGACUGAAAAGAUUUAUAUAACAAACUCUAACAAAAACAAAUCCUUAUGGUGCUAAUCGGUCAGGAACUUGUGAUUUAUAAUCAUGUUUUACACUGAAGUCUGUGAGCUUCACAAGGUCUACUUACAUGUUUUGGGUCUUUUUCAAGAUUGUAUACUUGUUUAAACAAAUAUGCAAUGAGGCUUUGAGCAGAACUGCAUGAUACCAGAGCUUUUAGUUUUCCUCUUUUCCUUGUUUUAGUUGGUUAGAAGAAAACAGGUUUCAAUAUUAAAGAAAUGGUCCAGCUCAUCCUUCCGGUCCUGUAGCCUAAACUGCUGGCCUCCCACAGGUUGAUGGAUCCAUUUCAUGCAGAGGGCUAAAAAAAACAAUUAUUUUGUGAAACUGUACAAGGUAACAAGCUGGCCAUGAAUAAUACACCCUGUAACCAAAGCUGCAAGUAGCACACUUAGAAAUCAUUGCUUCUUUUUGCCCAGUCUUACUAUGUAAAAAAAAUGUUUUACUGUGCAUAUUUUUCAUUUAAUUAAUCUGGUCUUUACUGGCUUGUAAAACCGUUUGACUCUUAAGUCGCUCCAACAAAGGUGAUGCCGUUUUGAAACUUCAGUUGGAAACUAUGAGCAUUUGGAUCAUUUUGUAUUUAAAUGUAAACAUGGCUGCACAGCAUAUCACAAAGAUAUCGCUGCAAUAUUUGUUUGUUAUUAUGCCUGAGUUUGCAUGUCGGGAAUAUUUUCAACCUGGUGGAUUUCCCUCGGCAGUCGAUGCAGAAGAUCCCAGGUUGCUGUAAUGACAGGUGGGGGAAAAAAAAGAGUAAUGGAGAAAACGUGGAAACGGUUGCAACCGAUGUCGCCGUGUUAUCAUGUGUUUUUCUAAUAUUUUGCCGCCCGAGUUAAAACCGUGACACAGUGAAACCGUCAAGAUUGUCUUACAGGCAGAAUUUCGUACCUCCCCUUUCUCACUCAUGGAUAAAACAACAAAUGUCGUAAUCAGAACGGCAGAUAGAGAGUAACGUUAAAUAACAAAGCAACACCUUUUCAGGUAAAUCCCACAUUUAUUGUAUCAAAAUCGUUUCACACAAAAUCAGCUAGCGGUUUUUCUACGUUACUUUGAAACAAACUCCGCUGAACAGUCGACACGUCACUGAGAAACCCAGUUAACAGACGUGAUGUUCAGACUGAGGCCCCUAAAGGACAAAACUAAGAGUACACACACCACGUUAGCACCAUCAGUACAGCACCAGCAUGCAAACAAGGUAAACGUGUCAUUUUAAUGCUUUUCACAAACACGUGGAAGUAUUUGUCAAACAGCUAAAAUGACAGCGACUUACCCCUGAUUAUGCAGCAUUACAGUAGAUAUCAUGUGAUAUGUAGUGUGACCAAAAAAAAAUAAAAAAUCAAUGGACGCAGUAAAGAUUUGCAGCUCUGUUGAUUUUUAGGAGAAUUAAAAGGAAAUAAUAUAUAUGUAUGUGCAGAUUUUAAUGUAAAAGAACAUAAAUCCAGAUGACAAGUCAUAAAUGAAAAAUAAAAUAUUUUUAGCUAAUCAAUACAGGUUAUUCAGUUGGGAAAGGUAAAUAAUUAAAUUUGAUGAAUUUUGAGGACUGGAUAAGUAUGGAAAAAAACAAA